UGUGCGGCCAUUUUAUCAUCCAGGGGAUAAGGAAACUAGCGUCCCCUUCCUUGGGGGCUGUGGGCUGCACGGCCUGGGGUUAGGGUCGGGGCUGAGGGAUGACUAGUUAAGGCCCGGGGAGGAGAAAAAGGCGGCAGCAGCAGGGUUCCUCGCUCCUGCAGCGGGGAUAUGUGCGGGACGCGCAGGGAGAGGCUGGCGCAGGCCCCCUCGUUCUCCUACCGAGGUGCCAGCAGGCAGCGGCCAGGCCAGGCCUGGGCUGGAACCACUGAGGGCUGCCGGUGGCGGACCCAAUAAGGGAACGAGCCGACGCGCGGCUUCUUCCUCCCGCAAGCGGGCCGGAACAGGCAGGGAGCGGAGCGGAGCGGGGCGGGGGAGCGUCGCGUCGCUCGGCCGGUUGCUGCCGUGCGCUGGGGAAGCGGCUCGGUGCUGGGUUGCUGUGCGGAAGGCAGAGCGCGCGGGCCGGGCGAAGGGCCUGGCCCCCGCCGGCGGUGCAUGGAGUGAGGGGAGCAGCGGCAGGAGGAAGAUGGCCGGUGGCGGCGGCGGCGGCGGCGGCUGCAGGGACAGCUUGUUUCUGGAAGCUUUGAAUAGAUCACAAUCCAAGAGAGAUGGAGGUUAUAAAAAUAAUUGGAGCUUUGAUCACGCAGAAGAAAGUGAAGGAGAUGCAGAGAAAGAUGAGGCAAAACUGCUCAGCAUAGAUGAGAGUGAUGGGUCCUUCAGUCCAGGUGAAGAAAGGAAGUCACUACGCUGUCGACCAGGAACCGUUGGUACCAGUGGCGAGUACAUAAAAACGUAUGCAAGGCGAGGCAAAACUGGAAGUUUUAGAGUUUUGAAAGGGAACUCAAUUGGACUCAAUAUGCUGGGAAAAAGCAAGAAACUGAGUGAAAAUUCCCAGAAUAUAACUUGUCCAGGAACCGUAGUGCACGGUAGACGUUUUCACCAUGCUCAUGCACAGAUACCAGUAGUAAAAACAGCAGCCCAAAGCAAUCUGGACCGAAAGGAAAGUUUUGUUAAUAGGAAAUGUGUUCUUAGUCACUGUCAUUCUAAAAUAUGGAUCAACCUUUUUUUCAGAAAAGAAUACCCCCCUCAUUUUCAGAAGAUAGAAAUUGACUCUAUUAGAUUACCUCGGCCUCAUUUGGUGGAAAGUAUAAUGGAGAACACAGAAGAGUCAGGAUCAGAAUCGGAAUCUGAAAUUAAGAGGAAGGUACAACAGAAACAUCACUGCAGUUCAUGUCAAUCUGAUUUGCCUCUGUCUCCUGCUACAAAAAACUGUUUAACCCACUUAGAGGAUUUGGAGCCAACUGAUUAUUCCACAUUUUGCCCAGGCUGUGAGAAGACAAAUGAAAAUCAGACCAAAUGCCAAAGUUAUGGAAAUGUUUUCUGUAAGGAUUUGCAAAGACGCUCCAAACAAACUGUGACCUUAAGUGAAUCUCUGAGACCUUUAUUGCGAUCUUCAAUACAUCAGAAUUCAACAGGGCAAAAAUCUCCAGGUACAGGAUUGAACACACACAAGUUCUAUGGCUCUGCUGGUGGGAAGGGUCCAGUUGAUAUCAUACUGAGUCAUGAUAUUGUAGGACAUUCUCUGUCGCGACCGAAUGGAAAAGUUGGUCUCUUAACUGGGACAAAAAUUCCUAAAAGUUCAGGAAACUUAAGACAGAGGAGUACAAGACCAUCUGAACUAAAUGAUCCAAUUAUUUUGUCCAGUGACGACGAGGAGGAUGACGACAACAGUGGCAGCACUAACAGAAUGGAAAGCACAUCACCUCGACCCGCAGAUUCAGCCUGUUCUUCCCCAGCACCUUCCACAGGAAAGGUGGAAGCAGCAUUAAAGGAAAAUACUUCUGGAAUAGAACAGAGACUAAGUAGUGUUCCAGCAGACACAGAAAUUGCCAUCACAUUACCAAGAAAAGCAAGAAUGAAAGAUCAGUUUGGCAACAUUGUAUCUAACACACCAGUAAAACGUCGUAAAGUUACUUCUCAAGAAGUAACUGAUGCUGUACCUAUAAAUUACCAAAACUCCUGGGAAAGCGUCAUUCUACACUGUCGAAGUAUACGAAUAGGAACCCUUCGAAGAAUGGUUGUGGAACCUGUGAUUUUUUGCCUUGAUUUUAUCAAGAUACGUCUUGAAGAGUCAGAAAGUGAUUCCCGAGAGAUUAAUUUAAAAACUUCUGAACUUACCAAAUGUGAGUGGUGUGGUGUCCGAAAGUUACCAGUAGUGUUUCUGCAAACAGUACCUGCUGCAUGUCUUAGCCUGAGAUCCCAACUGAAGAUGAGUAGGGAGAAGGAUAAUGUCUGGUAUGACUGUAAAGGAGUGAAUCCAGAAGAACAGUACAUUGUUCUGAUUUUUGAGACUGGCCUUGAUGCUCAUGGAAAUACAAUAUUUGAAAAAAUUGUUGCUGAGAUUGGUAUCAGGAAUAAUAUUUCUGAUUUCUUUGUGAAAAUUCCAUUUGAAGAAGCCAAUGGUAGGCUUGUGGCCUUUACAAAAUCCUUGGAAGACAACUCCAAAGGAAACACUUCUUCUCAUAAAGAAAACAAAAUUAAAAAUGUUGUCUCUGAAUCCAAAAUGCAGCUGCGAAAUGCACCUCCAUUUCAAUUUUUUGAUGAUGAUGAUGAUGAUGAAAUUGGAGAGCCACAUACAGUCUUUAUUGGUCCUAUAGAAAAGUUGAUAGUUUAUCCACCUCCUCCUGCUAAAGGUGGUAUUUCUGUGACCAAUGAAGACCUCCAUUGCCUAAAUGAAGGAGAAUUUUUAAAUGAUGUUAUUAUUGAUUUUUAUUUAAAGUAUUUGGUCCUAGAAAAACUGAAAAAAGAAGAUGCUGACAGAAUUCAUGUGUUCAGUUCGUUUUUCUAUAAACGCCUUAAUCAAAGAGAGAGAAGAAAUCUUCAUGAAACUGCAAAUCUCUCAGUACAGCAGAAGCGACAUGGGCGAGUAAAAACAUGGACACGGCAUGUUGACAUUUUUGAGAAGGAUUUUAUUUUUGUUCCCCUUAAUGAAGCUGCUCACUGGUUUUUAGCUGUCAUCUGUUUUCCUGGUUCAGAAAAACCCAGAUAUGAACCAAAUCCCCACUACCAUGAAAGUGCACCAAUGCAAAUAAAAGCAUCCUCUUCAGAGAGAGAAAGCAGCACUCCAUCUCCUUUGCCAAAUGAGUUGGAUUCGUCUUCACAAAGCUCUCCUUCCAAGUCUACAGUAAAGAGGACACUGAACAAAAAACUUCAUGUAGCUUUAACUGACACAAACAGGGAAAUGGAGGACAGUGAGUCUCUAUAUUGUAGAAGAAGCCCUUGUAGGGGAAAAAGUGGAAUUAGAAAAGUAAAUCAAAUAGGCAGUGAUUCAGAAGAACCUAGGACCAUGGAAUCUGCAUGUCAUAAACUUGAUCAUAGGACUGCAGAGGAGAAUGGCAUGCAGAGUGAAUACACAACUGCUGUACAACCUAUGGAUGGUUUGCACAAAAUCAGGCUGAACUAUAGUGAAGACUCCACUGAUGGCAGUAAACUAAAUGAAGAUGAGCUUAUAGAUUUUUCUGAAGAUCAAGAUAACCAGGAAGAAAGCAGCGAUGAUGGAGGCCUUGUAGAUGAUAACUGUAAUUCAGAGUUGGGACAGUGGCAUCUGAAGCCUAAUAUCUGCAUACAACCCUGCAUUCUGCUUAUGGACUCCCUGAGAGGCCCUUCCCGGUCAAAUGUUGUGAAAAUACUAAGGGAAUAUUUGGAAGUAGAAUGGGAAGUCAGGAAAGGUAGUAAAAGAAGUUUCUCUAAAGAUGUCAUGAAAGGCUCCAAUCCAAAAGUGCCACAACAGAACAACUUUAGUGAUUGUGGAGUGUAUGUACUGCAAUAUGUGGAGAGCUUUUUUGAGAAUCCCAUUCUCAAUUUUGAGCUACCAAUGAAUUUAACAGACUGGUUUCCACGCCCCAGAAUGAAAACUAAACGAGAAGAAAUACGAAACAUAAUCCUGAAAUUGCAGGAACAGCAGAACAAAGAAAAGAAGGGACAGAAGGACCUACGUUCACCAGAAGGAUCUUUGCCAGAAGGAACAGAACAAUUUAUCAAUAGUAGCUCAGACUAAAUAUUACGUCUGUUGCAUGUUAGCUCUGCAGUCAAAAGCUGAAAUAUAUUUUAUCUUUGUCUGCCCAGACUAAAGAAUUGGAGUAUUCUCUGCUCAAAGGUUAUUUGGGAAUGUUAAUGCCUGUAUAAAUGUGUGUCAUAAAAGGAAUACAUUCCCAAAAAGAUAUGUAUUAAGUAAACAAGUUUGUACAUAUGUUAAUGAGGCCAACUUUUUCAGCAUUUGUAAUUAAUUUUUUUCACUUGUUAGGAAGCUUUUGUUAUGUAUUUCUGUUAAUAGAACUUAAAUAGCUACUUCUAAACAUAAAGCAAAUAAAGAAAAUAUUUAUAGGA